AUGACGACAACGAGCGCCUCACCCUCCUCGGCCUUCUCGCCGACGAAGAAGUCCUACAUCGCCAUCGGCCUCGAGGGCUCCGCCAACAAGCUCGGCAUCGGCGUCAUGCAGCACACAGCCUCGUCGACGACGAUCCUCUCCAACCUGCGGCACACCUUCGUCCCCCCGCCAGGUGCAGGCUUCCUCCCCAAGGACACGGCUGCGCACCACCGGUCGCACUUUGUCUCUCUCGCGCGGGAGGCCCUGCGCGUCGCCGCCGUCUCGCCCGGCGACGUUGAUUGCAUCUGCUUCACCCAAGGGCCCGGCAUGGGCGCGCCCCUGUCCAGCGUCGCCGUCGCCGCCCGCGUACUCAGCCUGCUCUGGGGGAAACCCCUCGUCGGCGUGAACCACUGCGUCGGCCACAUCGAGAUGGGCCGCCAGAUCACGGGUGCCGAGAACCCCGUCGUGCUCUACGUCUCCGGCGGCAACUCGCAGGUCAUCGCCUACGCCGAGCGACGGUACCGCAUCUUUGGCGAAACGCUCGACAUCGCCGUCGGCAACUGCCUCGACCGCUUCGCCCGCAUCCUGGCCAUCAGCAACGACCCCGCCCCCGGAUACAACAUCGAGCAGCUCGCCAAGCAGAGCCGCCGCCUCCUCGACCUGCCCUACGCCGUCAAGGGCAUGGACUGCUCCUUCAGCGGCAUCCUCGCGAGCGCCGAGGCCCUCGCCGCCCAGAUGCGCGCCGCCGGUGACGAGGCCGACUUCACCGCGGCCGACCUCUGCUUCAGCCUGCAGGAGACCGUCUUUGCCAUGCUCGUCGAGAUCACCGAGCGCGCCAUGGCCCACGUGGGCACCAGCCAGGUCUUGAUCGUCGGCGGCGUCGGCUGCAACGAGAGGCUGCAGGAGAUGAUGGGCGAGAUGGCGCGCGAGAGGGGCGGGAGCGUCUACGCCACCGACGAGAGGUUCUGCAUCGACAACGGCAUCAUGAUCGCCCACGCGGGACUGCUGGCCUACGAGAUGGGGUACAGAACCAAGCUGGCCGAGAGCCAGUGCACGCAGAGGUUUAGGACCGACGAGGUCUAUGUCAAUUGGAGGGACUGA